UCUUCAUGCUUUAUGAUGUGUUUAAGCUCUCGCUGUCUCACUGUUGCAUUGUGGGAAAUUUAGUUGUAAUGGCUCCCUGACUCAGCAUCAGACAUUUACCCGAACAUCAUCGCCAUGGGUUUCCCCGCGGACCGCCUGGAGGGCGUCUACCGGAACAACAUCGACGACGUGGUGCGGUUCUUAGACCUGAAGCACAAGAAUCACUACAAGAUCUACAACCUGUGUGCGGAGCGACACUACGACACGUCAAAGUUCAACUGUCGAGUGGCCCAGUACCCGUUCGAGGACCACAACCCGCCCCAGCUGGAGCUGAUCAGGCCCUUCUGCGAGGACCUGGACCAGUGGCUGAGCGAGGACGAGCAGCACGUCGCCGCCAUCCACUGCAAGGCCGGAAAGGGUCGCACCGGGGUCAUGAUCUGCGCCUACCUGCUGCACCGAGGGAAGUUCAGCGAGGCGCAGGAGGCACUCGACUUCUACGGGGAGGUGCGCACCAGAGACAAGAAGGUAAGGAGAUAAGAGACAAGAAG